GCACGACCCUCGUCGAGUGUAAAAGCGGCUACGGCCUGGACGUGAGCACAGAGCUGAAGAUGUUGCGGGUGCUGGAAAGGGCACGCCCGCGCGCCUUCCUCACGAUCUCCUCCACCUUCUGCGGCGCCCACUCCGUGCCCAGGGGUAUGACAGCAGAUGAAGCGACGAGAUCUGUCAUUGAGGACCAGAUACCCGCCGUUACGGCUGCCAUGAAGUCGGGAGAGCUCAACGUGGACAGCAUUGACGUUUUCUGUGAAAAGGGAGUCUUCAGCGUAGACCAAACUAAAAGAAUUUUAGAGGCUGGAAAACGGGGGGGACUCUUGAUAAAUUUCCAUGCGGAAGAACUUCAUCCCCUGAAGAGUGCGGAGAUGGGGGCUGCUCUUGGGGCUGAGGCAAUGAGUCACCUGGAGGAAGUGUCUGAGGAAGGCAUUGAGGCUAUGGCGAGAGCGGGCACCGUGGGCGUGCUGCUGCCCACUACCGCCCACAUCCUCCGCCUUCCCCCUCCGCCCGCCCGUGCCAUGAUCGAUGCGGGCGUACCUGUCGCCCUUGGCACUGACUUCAACCCCAAUGCCUUCUGUCUUUCCAUGCCUCUUGUGAUGCACUUGGCGUGUGUCAUUCUCAAGAUGUCUCUGAGUGAAGCACUCACCGCGGCCACCCUACACGCCGCCCACUCAUUGCGGAAGGCCCACGCCCAUGGAUCCAUAGAACCAGGAAAAUACGCCGAUCUUGUCAUCGUAGAUGCCCCUAGAUGGGAACAUCUUGUGUACCAGCUGGGAGGCACAGACCACGUUAUCUCCCACGUUAUCAAGGCCGGCGCUGUUGUCCAUGAGAGAAAAUGAAAUAAAAAGGAAAUAGC